UUAAGGUCCAUACACGUUAGCAUUUGCAUUCUACUAGAUCCAGGUGAGCUGAUCAGUGGUUUUGUGACUAGUAGAGCUAGAAGGAACUAUGGCUAAUACAGCAGAAACAUUGGAGGCUGAGAUAAGGAUCAAGUUUGAUCCUGAUGAGUACUUCCACACCUUUGCUGGCAAAGCACACCAGCUUCCAAGUCUUUGCUCUGAUAAAUUGCAUGGCAUUGAUGUUCAUGAAGGUGAUUGGAAGACUACAGGCUCUGUCAAGCUAUUGACUUAUGCUAUAGAUGGGAAAGUUGAAACUGUAAAAGAGAGGAUUGGAGUGGAUGAGGAGAACAGGUCAAUCACUUACGAAGUAAUUGAAGGGCACAUUUUGGAACAAUACAAGACCUAUAAGGCUAAGUUCCAGGUUAUCUCAAAAGGUGACUCAAACUUUGCCAAAUGGGGUAUUGAAUAUGAGAACAUCAGUGAGAAUGGGCGUCCUCCAAUUCAUUACCUCCAAUGGCUAAUUCAUGCUGCAAAAGAUGUGGAUGCUUCACUUCUCAAAGCAGAAAAUAAAUAAUACAUCUAUAAGUUAAUAUAAGAAAAUCUUUAAUGAACCCCAUUGUCUGGGCUUAGUGAAGCCUCCAAAAAUUUGCUCUCCUGUUAGUGCUUGAUUGUAAUUUGUAUAAGUGUUAGCAAUUCUACUCCUGCUAGUGAUUGGUUGUAAUUUGUAUAAGUGUUAGCAAUUCUACUCCUGCUAGUGCUUGGUUGUAAUUUGUAUAAGUGUUAGCAAUUCUACUCCUGUUAGUGCUUGGUUGUAAUUUGUAUGUGUUAACGAUUCUACGUGUAAUGAUGAAAAACAAAAUGAAUGUUUCGUGUGGCUUUAUAUCUA